AUGGCUAGUGAGCAAGAAAUCUCACAUGCUUCACACAUGCACCACAUGACCGAUGAUGACAACAGCAAUAGUGAAGAAGAAGAAUUAGCAUCAGAAGAAGAAGAAGUGGAUGAUGAAGAUGACGAUGAAAUUGAAAAAGAAAGCUCUCGUGGUGCCUGUGAAAACAUGUACUUCAUGUUCGGGUCUCGCCGGAGGGGAAGGUGGUCAUGGGGACAAGUAUUGGACCCAAGAGCCAAAUGGGUCCAAGAAUGGAACAGGGUGUUCCUCCUCGUGUGCGCCACUGGCCUCUUCGUAGACCCUCUCUUCUUCUACGCUCUCUCUAUAAGCGACACGUGCAUGUGCCUCUUCAUAGAUGGGUGGUUCGCCAUCACAGUCACCGUGCUACGCUGCAUGACUGACGCUUUGCACGUGUGGAACAUGUGGUUGCAUCUCAAGAUGGCCAAGCGGUCCUUCGCUGUGGAAGGAACUACUGGGCUUAGAGACACCAAUGCUCGCUCUGUGGCUCUCCACUACUUGAAAGGCAAGAAGGGAUUUUUGUUUGAUCUCUUUGUGAUUCUUCCUCUACCACAGUUUGUAUUAUGGGUGGCGAUUCCCUCUCUGCUGGAAAAAGGAGACGUUACCACCGUGAUGACAGUGUUCUUAAUCAUCUUUCUGUUCCAAUAUCUACCAAAGAUCUACCACUCAGUCUGUCUCUUGCGUCGAAUGCAAAACCUCUCUGGCUAUAUUUUUGGAACUGUUUGGUGGGGAAUAGCCCUCAACUUGAUUGCGUAUUUUGUAGCCUCGCAUGCUGCAGGAGCAUGUUGGUACUUGUUGGGAAUCCAAAGAGCAGCAAAGUGUCUGAAACAUCAAUGCAGAGCAACAAACAGUUGUGGUUUGAGAAUACUAUCUUGUAGAGAACCUAUAUAUUAUGGAACAACACGCAUGGUGAGCGAUAGAGCUACGGUGGCUUGGGCAGAGAACAAACAAGCAAGGUCUACAUGCUUAGAAAACUCCCAGAAUUAUGAUUAUGGAGCUUAUCAAUGGACAGUUCAACUCGUUACAAACGAUAGCCGCUUGGAGAAGAUACUUUUUCCUAUCUUUUGGGGCCUAAUGACUCUUAGCACCUUUGGCAACUUAGAGAGCACUACAGAAUGGUCAGAAGUUGUCUUCAAUAUCAUCGUUCUAACUAGUGGACUCCUUUUGGUGACUAUGUUGAUUGGAAAUAUCAAGGUGUUUCUGCACGCAACUACGUCAAAGAAGCAAGCAAUGCAAUUGAAAAUGAGGAAUGUAGAGUGGUGGAUGAAGAAGAGGCGCUUGCCUCAGGGAUUCAGGCAACGAGUGCGUAACUAUGAGCGGCAGCGAUGGGCGGCAAUGCGUGGUGUUGAUGAAUGUGAGAUGAUUCGGAACCUCCCUGAGGGCCUUAGGAGGGACAUCAAGUACCAUUUGUGCUUGGACUUGGUUAGACAGGUGCCAUUGUUCCAGCACAUGGAUGAUCUGGUCCUAGAGAACAUUUGUGACCGCGUGAAGUCCCUCAUAUUCACCAAGGGAGAAACAAUAACAAGAGAGGGUGACCCAGUUCAAAGAAUGCUAUUUGUAGUAAGGGGUCACUUACAAAGCAGUCAAGUGCUUAGAGAUGGGCUUAAAAGUUGCUGUAUGUUAGGCCCUGGAAACUUCAGUGGGGAUGAGCUUCUUUCAUGGUGCCUAAGAAGACCCUUUAUUGAAAGACUACCACCAUCUUCAUCAACAUUAGUCACUCUUGAAACUACUGAAGCAUUUGGCCUCGAAGCCGAUGAUGUGAAAUAUGUUACGCAACAUUUUCGGUACACAUUUGUGAAUGAGAAGGUUAAGAGGAGUGCUAGAUAUUAUUCACCUGGAUGGAGAACUUGGGCAGCAGUGGCAAUUCAAUUGGCUUGGAGGAGGUAUAAGCACCGGUUAACCCUAACCUCUUUGUCAUUCAUAAGGCCUCGAAGGCCGUUGUCUCGGUGUUCUUCAAUGGGGGAAGAUAGACUCCGGCUCUAUACGGCUUUGUUAACUUCACCAAAACCAAAUCAUGAUGAUUUUGAUUUUUGAUGUCAAUAUUCAAAAGCUGUAUGGUUUGUGGAUUCACUUUGAUGAUUUUGAUUUUUGAUGUCAAUAUUCAAAAUCUGUAUGGUUUGUGGAUUCACUUUGCUUGGCAAAGUAUAGCUUUGGGUUGGGCUAAAAGUUUGUAUAAGCUAUGUACUUCCUUUACUUGGGGAAGGUUUUAUGUAUUAGGUGUUGGAAAUUACCCAAAUACACUUUCUGAAUCACAGCAUAUUAA